AUGGGGGGCAAGAGCAGGCUCUGUGCUGCUGCUGGUGUGGAAGGGAAGCCACGAAGAGAAAGGGGGAUGGAUGCGGGAUGGGAGGAGGCCGGAGUGGAGCGGCUUUUUCUGCUCUCCGACGACGAAAUAGCGCGUCAUGGAAGAGAAGGCCCGAGAAAGCAUACGAAUUGCGAGGAAUUCGAAAAAGUAGAACCUGCUGUAAACCCUGGAGAGCCUAGUAAUCAUGAGGAAUGUAAAAACAAGAACCAAACAGGCCCCAGAGACAUUCACCACUCGUUGAAACAAAAUUAG